AUGUCGGCAAUUCCUCAUCUUCAGAAGCAACUCCGAGAACUGACGCUGAGUCCCCCCGCUGGCUUCCGCGUUGAGUCAGAGGAUCUCUUCAUUUGGACUGUGUGGUUUGCCGGACCUCAGGGCACGCCAUACGCCCCUGGUAUUUACAAGGCGGAGCUGCGCUUUCCGCGAGACUUUCCGAUGGAGCCGCCAGUGUUCAAGGUUUUGUCGUCUAUCUGGCACCCCAACGUGUACACGGACGGGAAGGUGUGCAUCUCCAUCCUCCAUCCCCCCGGCGAGGAUGAGAUGAACACGGAGGAGACUGCCAUGAUGCGCUGGACACCCAUCCAGACAAUCCGCUCUGUUCUCCUCUCGGUUGUCUCACUCCUCAGUGACCCCGAUCCAAAGGAUGCUGGUGCCCCCGCAAACGUCGCCGCGCUUGUUCAGUACCGCAAGGACCGCACAGCAUUCAAUGCAUUCUGUCAUCAGCUAGCAACGAAGUCACUGUCUGAGCUUCCGCAGAAUUUCGUUCCCCCACAGAAGGAAGACCGUGUGGACCUCCCUAUUAACUACGCCUCCACGAUGGAAAUCGACUACGAAGAUGAACCUGAGGUGGGAGCACAGGCUGCGCCACACCGCUUUAGUGACGAACUGCGGCAGCUGCGGGAAAUGGGUCUCGCCCCGGAGAAGUCGGACACGGAGCUGCUUAACAUGCUUGUUGAGGCGAAGGGGGAUGUGGCCACCAUAAUGGAACAGUUGAUGUGA